AUGGAUGCUCGCCGACGUAUUCCGGCUGGAAGCGAUUACAAUGAAGCUCGCAAAAAUCACAGGGAGAGACUACGUGCUAGCCUAAAGAAGGACCGCGAAACCUGGUGGUCUCAUCGUGCCUCUGAGAUGGAAACAGCCGCUGCCAUUGGUAACCAUCGUAAGCUAUACCGGCUGAUACGGGAAGCAGGUAGCAGGAGACCUGGUGUUAGCGAGACCAUACGCGAGGAGAGUGGGCAGCCGAUCCGCAGCCUGUCAAAACGCUUGGAGCGUUGGGCUGAACACUUUGCUAUGCAAUUUAACCAACCUGAGUUAUCGCUUUCUUCGGGCAUUGAGCGCCCUUCUCCUUGGGCCGUCUCCUUGGAUCCGCCCUCACGCGCAGAAGUCGAACGUGAGAUCAAGCUGUUGAAUUUACAUAAGGCCGCAGGAGCAGAUAGAAUUCCUCCAGCCCUCUUCAAAUUUGGAGGACCUGCUCUAGUAGAUGAUCUGCACGAGUUGCUAGUAAAACUUUGGGAGCAGGAGACAGUCCCGACAGACUGGAACCGCUCCGUCAUUGUCCCAAUUUUCAAGGGAGGCUCCCGUUUAGAAUGUGGCAAUCAUAGAGGGAUCAGUCUGAUUUCGAUUGCCUCUAAAUUGCUUGCCUCUGUCAUUCUCCACAGACUGACUGGCACUCGUGAAAGUCAAAUUCGUGAAGAGCAAGCCGGAUUUCGUCGAGGUCGGGGCUGCAUCGACCACAUCUUCACAUUGCGUCAAGUGUUGGAGCACCGCCAUGUUUAUUGGCGACUCACCGUUGUCGUGUUUCUUGACAUCAAAGGUGCCUUCGACUCAGUCGAUCGAUGUGCCCUUUGGGACUGUCUGCUGAGGAAAGGUGUGCCUGAUAAAUAUGUAGACAUUAUCAAAGCGCUGCACGCACAUAGUUCGGGCAGGGUGAGGGUUUAUGACAAACUGUCGCCACCCUUCAGUAUCACCAGCGGUGUGAGACAAGGAUGCCCGCUGUCACCUUUCCUCUUCAACUUCGCUGUUGAUGAAGUCAUAGAAACAGCGUUCGCUGGACACGACCUAUAA